CUGGAUUAUGGCGUUCUAAUUUUGUAAUCUAACCAGAGUUAAAUACAGAGGAAAGAAGAAAACAUGCAAAGGAAAAGCACAAGUAUGGUUGACUGGUCGGAACUUCAGUAUGAUCUGUUGGUUCUUAUAGGUAAGCGUUUAAAUUUGAUUGAAGAUUACUUAAAUUUCUCUUCUGUUUGUAAACCCUGGCGAUGUGCGGCCAAAAAGGACAAUUUUAACAGUGAUCUGCCUAGAGUACCGUGGCUAAUGUUAGCCGAGGAACAAGAUGAGGAAGGCAAUUCAUGUCGACAGUUCUUCAGCCUCUAUAACGGCAUGAUUUUGAAGAAGACGAUACCUGAAUCCAGAGGAAAGCGGUGUUUGGAGUGUUUGGGAUGGUUUAUUACAGUUGGAAAAGAGGGUGAAAUUAAUCUGCUACAUCCCUUUUCUGGUGUUCAGAUUGAAUUGCCCCAUCAAAGUAACUUUGAAAAUUAUGAAGAGGCUAUCCCACUUUUCGAUAAAAGGGCCUAUAUCGCCAAAGCAGUGUUGUCGGCUAGCCCUUCUUAUAAGUCGGACUACGUCCUCAUGGUCAUUGAGGGAGCCCUGAAAAUAAGUAUUUGGAGGCCAGGUGAUCUAAGCUGGACUAGGAUUCAGCGUGGAGGUCUACAUCAUGAUGUUGUUUAUUUUAAUGGUCAAUUUUAUGCUAUCGAUCGUCAUGGCUGCGUUGUGGUUGUUUACAAUGUUGCUGAUCCUGAACCCUCUGAGACUCCAUUAGUAGCACAGCUACCAUCUGCUGGUAUGAUGGUCUGGCAUUACAUUGUAGAAUCACUUGGUUCAUUGUUUGUAAUUGUGAGACAUUUUGAAGUGAAACACGACUUACCCCUAAAUAGGGAUUACUUGACUCCGCUAACAUGCAUCAUAUAUCAUCAUGUCGGAGAUGACCUAAUAAAUAAUACUGAUAUCUUUUGUGAUAAACCUGAUGUGACAACAACUUUUCAAGUUUUCAAGCUCGAUAUAGAUGCUGGUACACUGAUACAAAUCCAGGACUUAGGGGACAGAGCUCUUUUUCUUGGUUCUAAUGCAUCUCUCUCAGUACAAGCUUCUCAAUUUCCUGGAAUUAAGCCAAAUCAUAUCUAUUUUACGGAUAAUGAUAAUGCAUCCCCCGUCUACAAUGAAGGUGAUGGCUUGGACAUGGGUGUUUUCGAUGUAGGAGAUGGAAGCAUCAAGGCGCACUACGAGGGUGUUUCCGUCAGUCUUGUUUGUCCACCAGCUUGGGUCACACCAACUCUUUAUUGAUUCAGACCCCGUUUUACUCUAUAUUAUUACUUCAUGUUUUUCAUUGUCAUAAACAUCUUGUUACGAAGUGUUGUGAAGUGCUUUUUCAAAAUUUAAUGUUCGGAGAAUGUUUCAUA